GAGCCCGCGGCAGACGUCCAGCAAGUUCAAGCUGUUCCUGAAGUAGAUCUGUCUGACGAACAGGAAGGUCUAGUAGUACAGAAUCAAAAGUCCACUUCUUCAAAACCAAACCUCACCACCGGGCAGCUCAACGAGCGCUCGCUCUACGACAGCAUGUUGGGCAAAGGCGUCGUAGGCCAGGACAAGGCCUUUGAAAAUACUCUUCAAAACUACGUCUGGCCUACAACAGUACUGGGAGCAACUAGUGCCUCCGCGUCGGGGGCGAAUAUGAUACAACAUUGGGAAGCAGAGCAACAUUUGGUGCAUGUGCAGUCGGAUCUGUUGCGCGGCUCCUGUGAGGAUAAUUUUUACUCAAAUUCGGCGUCUGAAAUUCAAAUUUUCAUGGAGCGAAAUUUGGGUGGUCAGAGUCCUGAUGACAGCGGUGUACAGCAGCAGUUCCGUGGUGAAGAUGAACAGCUACAAAGCUGGAGGCAAUGCUAUCAACACGAUCAGCAACAACUUUUCCACGCCCAGCAAAGACAAAUAGCCCACACAGGCUAUCCGCCCACGACGCCCGGCGACAACUACACGACUGCUCCUACCGAUACAUCACAACACCACCCACCGCAUUGCGCGACCGUCGUGAAUGGCGUCGUGGUCUACGUGGGAAACGCCGGGCCGCAGCUUUUUGCCAG